CGGCGCCCAGCCGGGACGGAUCAGGCUGUCCCGGGACACGGGGAUUCUGGGCGAUACUACGCGGGGUGAGGCCACCUUGGACUAGGAAAUGUUGCCCUGAGUCUGGUGUCCAGGUAUGGACUUCCUGACGGCCCCCCAGGACCCCCCAGGGUCCCCGGCUAUGGACUUGGAGGAGCCCCAAGACCCUCUGACACUUUGCCAGGACCCCACUCCGGCCUGUGCAUGGAACCCAGCACCUGGAGGCCCCAGCGAUCUGAGUCACAUGGACCUUGACGGGACCCGUCUCCAGGAUCUGGUUCAGCAGUUUGAGGCCCUGCCUGGAGAUCUGGUGGGCUUGGCCCCCGAUGCGCCCCCUUGCCCCCUACACAUUGCCACUGGCCAUGGCCUGGCCCCUCUGGACACAGUGGGAGCCCACGGACUCUUGUCGACCGAGGCUGAUCGGGAAGACCUGCUGAGCCUUCUGCAUGGCGAGAAGCAUCCUCCUGCCCAGCCCAGCCCCGAGGAGCCCCCGGAUCCCGCCCCUCGCCUGCUGCAGCCCCCUGAGGACCCGCAGGAGGAUCCGGGCCCCCCAGAGUGGGAAGAGGGAGCCUCUGCAGAACCGGGGAGCAGCCGUAGCUCAACCAGCUCCCCAGAAGCCUGGCUGGAGACCGCACCACUGGUGACCCCCGAAGAACCUCCCUCGGGGGCCCAGAGCCCCGAGACCCCGACUUCAUGCCCUGCCCUCCCGGAGGCAGUCCCCGGCCCCUGUGACCACGAGGACCUCCUGGACGGCGUGGUGUUCGGGGCCAAGUACCUGGGCUCCACACAGCUGGUGUCGGAGCGGAACCCUCCGCCCAGCACCCGCAUGGCGCAGGCGCAGGAGGCCAUGGACCGCGUCAAGGCGCCUGAUGGGGAGUCGCAGCCCAUGACGGACGUCGACCUGUUCGUGUCCACCAAGAGGGUUAAGGUGCUGACGGCCGGCUCGCAGGAGACGCUCAUGGACCACGCGCUGCAGACUGUGUCCUACACCGCCGACCUGGGCCACGUGCUGGUGCUCAUGGCCCGGCGCAGACUGACCAGGGCCGCCCCGCACGCCACCGGCCGCCGGCUCUACCGCAUGAUCUGCCACGUCUUCCACUCCGAGGAUGCCCAGCUGAUCGCCCAAGCCAUCGGGCAGGCCUUUGCCGUGGCCUAUAGCCAGUUUCUGCGGGACAGUGGCCUGGAUCCCAGCCAGGUGGCUGCCCAGCAGAACCAGGGGACAUCCGGGCCUGGCCACCUGCACAAUGGCGACCUGGACCACUUCUCCAACAGUGAGAACUGCAGGGAGGUGUGCAUCGAGAAGCGCCGGGGUGAGGGCCUGGGCGUGGCCCUGGUGGAGUCAGGCUGGGGGUCCCUGCUGCCCACGGCCGUCAUCGCCAACCUCCUGCACGGGGGUCCUGCCGAGCGCUCGGGGGCUCUCAGCAUCGGGGACCGCCUGACCGCCAUCAAUGGGACCAGCCUGGUGGGGUUGCCCCUGGCCGCCUGCCAGGCCGCCGUCCGCGAGGUGAAGUCACAGACCCUCGUGACCCUCAGCAUCGUGCACUGCCCGCCAGUCACCACGGCCAUCAUCCGCCGGCCGCACGUCCGGGAGCAGCUGGGUUUCUGCGUGGAGGACGGCGUGAUCUGCAGCCUUCUCCGUGGUGGCAUUGCAGAACGCGGUGGCGUGCGAGUUGGUCACCGCAUCAUUGAAAUCAAUGGGCAGAGCGUGGUGGCCACACCGCACGCCCGCGUCAUCGAACUGCUGACUGAGGCCCAUACUGAGGUCCACAUCAAGACCAUGCCCGCCGCCACCUUCCGCCUGCUCACUGGCCAGGAGCAGCCCGUGUACGUGUGAACGGCCCCGCCCCCACCAGUCCACCACUGUGCCUUCGGCCCUCCACGGCCCGCCUUGGCUGGACCCCAAAGGAUUCUCAGCGCUCUGUUGAUCACGUAACAAAUUAAAUGCAUAUC